GGCAGUGGGGCACAGUUCACUCACAUCAGUGUCUUCAUUCAUCGCAGUUAAUUAUAACCUCUGACUCGCCGCCUUGUCAAGCACAAAAUGGAUCUCUCAGUGAAACCUGAUGAGUUCCCUGCGCCAAGUCGACAGUCAUCGGGUCACGUAUCAUCCGUGCCAACACACAUAUCACGCCUGGACUUCUCAGACAAGAUCCUCUUCACAGUCUCGCAAGGAGGACGCCUGUCACAAUGGAUACAGGUGCCCCUCACGGGCUCGUCAUCCAGUAUCGUUGACAUGACACUGCCAAGCUCCUCUCGCGGACUACUCCCGUCCACACAUCUCACACCCGUGACGUUGCUAGGUGGCGGUGGUGAGGAGCGGGAAACUCUAGGUCAACUGUAUGCUGCCCAGAUCGCGAGCCAGAUGGCUUUGCGUGCGCCUGACGACCGGCGGACGUUGGUUCUAGGACUUGGACUUGAAAAGACCGAUACUGGGAGAGAAGGCUUCUUCGAUCUUUUGGAGCUAGCACAACAGGUGAUGUGAUAACCUCACAAUAGCAAAAGAAGAGCAUAUUUUCAUCAUUCUUUUUUUUUUCAUUCGCUUAUUAUAUGCAGAAGCUGCAUACGCUUCAGAGCUUUGGUCAUCUAUGUUGAAGCUGUUCAUUCCAUCCAUCCAAUGCCGCCUCGCCGACCACAUGGACAGUUAUGUAGAUAGCCAACUCUCGAAUUCCGGGAGG